UAUCAAUUGGAUAUGGUGUACGGUCGUCUCAUCUAUAACAAUGUUAAGGAUUACACUCCUCAAUGGUUCAAAACUAUACCCUACUAAUAAACCGUGAAGCCCACCUUCGGUAUUGAAUGAGAAUUAUAGCAGUAAGAAAACCCUAAGUAGUGUCUCGUUUGAAUAGUGAUCCUAAAGUUAAAGCCCUUUGGAGAUUCCUAGGCAGAAAUGUAGCUGACAAUCCUUGGGCUUGGUAAGUUUACAUUUUUGCAAGUAAAUGAAUUAAUAAACAAUUAGAUUCUUUUGUGAUCUUUGGUCUUAGCUAUUAUCCAUGGCUUUGGGUGUACUAAUUUAACAACAAGAAGGUAAAGAUAGUGUAUAUAAAUACAAUUAGCGAACUAUCGAUUAUGCCUUAUAAUAAGAGAAAGAAUGGAAAGCCAAAUAGGCAGCAGCUGAAGAAUGAA